CUUUAUUUUUAUCCAUUAAACAUUUAUAUAUCGGAUUAGUGUGUUUUUGUACUUUAGAGUUGAAAAGUGGGAAGUUUCUGCACAAUUCUAGAUUUUUGUAUCGUACUAACCUAGGUAUAUAAAUAAAUUCUCUAGCUAUUUAAUAAGUCUCGCAUGUAUAUUCAAAAUAGUGGUAACUUCUUUCGCAAGGAAUAUUUUCUGGGAGCUACAGAUCGUAACAGUGCGCUUGCAGAUAUAAGUGCAGUUCAUACUCUAUCGUCUUAGAUCAAUUUCCAAGCAUUUAAAAUGGUUACUCCACUUGCAGCAGGAGUUUCAGUAGCUGCUGUUGCCCUGGGGGGCAAAUAUCUCAUAGAGGCAUGGAAUGGUUUCAAAGCUCGACCUGUUGUUCCUCGGAUGCGAAAAUUUUACGAAGGUGGAUUCCAACCUGUUAUGACAAGGAGAGAAGCAGCCCUAAUUCUUGGUGUAAGGGAAAGAGUUGUGGAGGAAAAGAUUAAAGAGGCACAUAGAAGAGUAAUGUUUGCAAACCAUCCAGAUAGUGGCGGAAGUGACUAUUUAGCACUAAAAAUUAACGAGGCAAAGGAGAUUUUACUUGGACGGGGCAAGGGCAGUGGAUCUGCCUUCUAGAAUUGCUACAUUCUAUUUAUUCUUGACAUAUAUUUGUUUACUUGCAUGAGAAAUUGCAUCUCAUUGUGAUAGAAGCUCUGCAAGGGAUUAUUUUGAUUCCUAAAUUAAGAUAACUGAAGCUGUGUUUGGGAGAGGUCCUCUAUCUUUAGCAUCACUCGAACAUUUUCUAUGUAAGUUCUAGCAUUUUUGUCAAGAGCUUUUGGUGGCGGGAUAAACAUCUUAGUAUCGGCUAUAGAAUAACGAGAGCAAGUCAUAUUGCUAGAUUAUUAUUGGAUACAUUUUAUAUAACAAAAAUUGCUUUUGUUUAUCACCAAA